UCGCGUCCGCUCCCGCCCAGAGCGGGCCCGGCGCGGGGGCGGCGCUUCGGUUGCCGGGCAGGGGCGGGCCGGGCAUCGCUACCGCGGCCUUCAUCGCCUUCAUCGCCGUCAUCGCCAUGAGUCAAGAUGAGAGAUAUGCUUUCAUUGCUGAAUGGUAUGACCCAAAUGCUUCACUCUUUCGGCGUUAUGAACUUCUGUAUUAUCCGAAAGAUUCAUCAAUUGAAAUGUACGACGUGAAGAACCGUCGCACGUUCCUGAGGCGCACCAAGUAUGAGAGCUUGCACCUCGAGGAUCUCUAUGUGGGCAGCAAAGUCACUGUGUUCUCCCGGCACCUCACCAUAGUGGACUAUGGGAAUCUGUACACGUCUCGCAAGCUUGGGAGCCGUGAAGAGAGAACGUUGGCUUUGAUUAAACCUGAUGGAAUGCGUAAGAUGGGAGAAUUGUUUGAUAUCAUUAUUAAUGCUGGAUUGACAAUAACUAAGGCCAAAAUGAUGCUGCUUUCAAGAAAAGAAGCAGCUGAUUUCUACGCUGAUUAUCGAGCAAAACCUUUUUAUCAUGAGCUUCUCCAGUUAAUAAUGAGUGGCCCCAUCCUUGCUAUGGAGCUCUUAGGAGACGAUGCAGUGAGUAAGUGGAGGGCAAUAGUGGGGCCAGCAAACCCUACGACGACUGAGAGUGAUACACUGGACAGCAUCUCAGAGAGCUUUGGACAUUGUGGCCUCAGAGAUGCAGCUCAUGGCCCAGAUUCAGUUGCUUCAGCUGCUAAAGAGCUGGAGUUGUUCUUUCCCUCCAGUGGAGGUCGUGGACCAGUCAGCAGUGCCAAAUUCACAAACUGUACUUGUUGCAUUAUUAAGCCUCAUGCUGUUAAUGAAGGGCUUUCUGGAAAGAUUAUAAAAGCCAUCCUCAAGGAAGGAUUUGAGAUCUCAGCUUUGCAGAUGUUCAACAUGGAGCGUCCAAAUGUGGAAGAAUUUUAUGAGAUUUACAAAGGUGUUGUCCCUGAAUACCUGGAGAUGAUUUCAGAGUUGUGUUCAGGCCCGUGCAUAGCAAUGGAGAUUAGACAAUUCGAUCCUUCAAAAGUGUUCAGAGACUUCUGUGGUCCUACUGACCCUGCAUUGGCCCGUCACCUCCGACCUGGGACUCUGCGUGCAGUCUUUGGGAAAGACAAGAUUCAGAAUGCUGUUCACUGCACAGACCUGCCUGAAGAUGGGCUUUUAGAGGUGCAGUACUUCUUCAAGAUUCUGGACAACUAACGGGCUCCAUCCUCACCCACUGCAACAGACACGCACACAGAACUGUGUGUUCAUUCAUUUAUUUGUCCAAUGUUUCAACCUGACUGAAA